CUUCCUCUGCUUCCCGUCCUCGAGUCCAGCCGGGAAGUUUGCAGCGUCUGUGCGUGCUUGUGUGUGUCUGUGGGCUUGAGUGGGUGUGGAAAGGCUUGGGCGGCGUUCGUGCCGGCCUUGGGGUUUUUGCCCACUGGGCUUCCCGUACCCCGGGUCGCUCCGGCGCUGGGCUGUGGCCCGCGGAGGGGGCGCGGCGGCGGGCUCUCGCCUUUUGUUGUUUCCUCCGCUUGGGGAGCGCCAGGGGGGACGCGCCUAGGGGGGGCGACUCGGAGCCGGGGCCUGUUGGCCCCCGGGGCUCCCGGGUGGGCAGAGCAGGGCGGAAAGUGCGGGCUUCAAGAUGAUGGCGGCCGAGGCCGGCGGUGAGGAGGGCGGCCCGGUGGGCGCCGGGGCCGGCGGCGGCGCGGUGGCCGGCCCGAGUCCCUACCCGGCCGUGUGCCGAAUGAAGAUACCUGCGGCCCUUCCUGUUGCAGCCGCCCCCUAUCCUGCGAUGGCGGAAGCUGGAGUGGUCGGGACUCUGGGUGGCGGAGCCUCCUUCGGGCCGGGGUUCCUGGGCGCCGGCUCGGCGGCGGGGGCUCCGGGGGGAGCAGGACUGACAGGCGGAGGUGCGCCUGCUGGCGUGGUUGGUGUCGCCCCCGGCCCUGGUGGGGACGUGGCUCUUCCCAAGGGGACCACUUCGUUGCCCGCCGAGACCCUGGGGCAAGGGGGCGGAUUCCCCCCUUUGCCGCCCCCUCCUCAGCUGCUCCCGUUGGGCGCGGGCCUGGGCACCGUGGACGAAGGUGAUUCUCUGGAUGGACCAGAAUAUGAAGAAGAAGAAGUGGCGAUUCCGUUGACUGCACCACCUACGAACCAGUAAGUCGGAACUGCUCUGGGAAAGACGAGGUGGGGCGGGAAGGGUGGAAGUUACCUUGUUAGAGCCCACUUUGUUAGGGGAAUAUUCAUAUUUUCUAUUUUAUCUUGGUUGAACAUUAUCUGUCAUUUUUACUUUGUUGCCAAUUGUAUGGAUGAGUUUUAUAUACAGGGUAAGAGGUUUCAAAGCCAGCAAGAUUUGGUCCUUUACAUUAACCAUCCCUCAGACCUGUUGGAGGGCUGGCCUUUGCUGGUGCCAUUGGCAAAUCCAGAGCCAGUAGAAGAUAGAAGGCGUGUGCGAGCCAUUCUACCUUACACAAAAGUACCAGACACGGAUGAAAUAAGUUUCUUAAAAGGUGAUAUGUUUAUUGUCCAUAAUGAAUUAGAAGAUGGAUGGAUGUGGGUUACAAACCUAAGAACAGAUGAACAAGGCCUUAUUGUUGAAGACCUUGUAGAAGAAGUGGGCCGGGAAGAAGAUCCACAUGAAGGCAAAAUAUGGUUCCAUGGGAAGAUUUCCAAACAGGAAGCUUAUAACUUACUAAUGACAGUUGGCCAGGUCUGCAGUUUUCUUGUGAGGCCUUCAGAUAAUACACCUGGUGACUAUUCACUUUAUUUUCGGACCAUUGAAAAUAUUCAGCGAUUUAAAAUAUGUCCAACACCAAACAAUCAGUUUAUGAUGGGAGGUCGGUAUUACAACAGCAUUGGAGACAUCAUAGAUCACUAUAGAAAAGAACAGAUUGUUGAAGGGUAUUAUCUUAAGGAACCUGUACCAAUGCAGGAUCAAGAACAAGUACUCAAUGAUGCAGUAGAUGGCAAGGAAAUCUAUAAUACAAUUCGUCGUAAAACAAAAGAUGCCUUUUAUAAAAACAUUGUUAAAAAAGGUUAUCUUCUAAAAAAGGGCAAAGGAAAACGGUGGAAAAAUUUAUAUUUUAUUUUAGAGGGCAGUGAUGCACAACUUAUUUAUUUUGAAAGUGAAAAACGAGCUACAAAACCAAAAGGAUUAAUAGAUCUCAGUGUAUGUUCUGUCUAUGUUGUUCACGAUAGUCUUUUUGGCAGGCCAAACUGUUUUCAGAUAGUAGUUCAGCACUUUAGUGAAGAACAUUACAUCUUUUACUUUGCAGGAGAAACACCAGAGCAAGCAGAGGUCAGCAGUCUUGUUUUACAUAUUGAAGAAGCCCAUAAACUCCCAGUAAAACAUUUUACUAACCCAUAUUGUAACAUCUACCUGAAUAGUGUCCAGGUAGCAAAAACUCAUGCAAGAGAAGGGCAAAACCCUGUUUGGUCUGAAGAGUUUGUCUUUGAUGAUCUUCCUCCUGAUAUCAACAGAUUUGAAAUAACUCUUAGUAAUAAAACAAAGAAAAGCAAAGAUCCUGAUAUCUUAUUUAUGCGUUGCCAGUUGAGUCGAUUACAGAAAGGGCAUGCCACUGAUGAAUGGUUUCUGCUCAGCUCCCACAUACCAUUAAAAGGUAUUGAACCAGGAUCCUUGCGUGUCAGAGCACGAUACUCUAUGGAAAAAAUCAUGCCAGAAGAAGAGUACAGUGAAUUUAAAGAGCUUAUACUGCAAAAGGAACUUCAUGUUGUCUAUGCUUUAUCACAUGUAUGUGGACAAGACCGAACACUACUGGCUAGCAUCCUUCUGAGGAUAUUUCUUCAUGAAAAGCUUGAAUCAUUGUUACUAUGUACACUAAAUGACAGAGAAAUAAGCAUGGAAGAUGAAGCCACUACCCUUUUUCGAGCCACAACACUUGCAAGCACCUUGAUGGAGCAGUAUAUGAAAGCCACUGCUACGCAGUUUGUUCAUCAUGCUUUGAAAGACUCUAUUUUAAAGAUAAUGGAAAGCAAGCAGUCUUGUGAGUUAAGUCCAUCAAAGUUAGAAAAAAAUGAAGAUGUGAACACUAAUUUAGCACACCUAUUGAACAUACUUUCAGAGCUGGUGGAGAAAAUAUUCAUGGCCUCAGAAAUACUUCCACCGACACUGAGAUAUAUUUAUGGGUGUUUACAGAAAUCUGUGCAGCACAAGUGGCCAACAAAUACCACCAUGAGAACCAGAGUUGUUAGUGGCUUCGUAUUUCUUCGACUUAUCUGCCCUGCUAUUCUGAAUCCACGGAUGUUUAAUAUCAUCUCAGAUUCCCCAUCUCCUAUUGCUGCAAGAACACUGAUAUUAGUGGCUAAAUCUGUACAGAAUUUAGCAAAUCUUGUGGAAUUUGGAGCUAAGGAACCCUAUAUGGAAGGUGUAAAUCCAUUCAUCAAAAGUAAUAAACAUCGUAUGAUCAUGUUUUUGGAUGAACUAGGGAAUGUACCUGAACUUCCAGACACUACAGAACAUUCAAGAACUGACUUAUCUCGUGAUUUAGCAGCAUUACAUGAGAUUUGUGUGGCCCAUUCAGAUGAACUGCGGACACUCAGUAAUGAGCGUGGUGCACAGCAGCAUGUACUGAAAAAGCUUCUGGCAAUAACAGAACUGCUUCAACAGAAGCAAAACCAGUAUACAAAAACCAAUGAUGUCAGGUAGCAGCCUUCACUUCAGUAUUCUGCAUGGCUCCAGCAUGCCCAACAUGGUAAUUCACAUCAGUUAUAAUGUCUCCUUUGCUCUUGCCAAAAAAUAGCACAUCUUUACACAUUCCCAGUGAUGUGUGAACUAUGCAAACAAAAUUCAAGAUUCUGCUGGUAAAUAACAGUAUCAACAGCUUUGUAAGCUAUCUGUGCAGAAUAUUUGCACUUUUUCCACAUGGAUUCAAUCUUUACCAACCUCUGAGCCUUGGUGUACAGAUCACCUUUCACAAAACAAAACAUGACUGUAUCUUGAACUUUUCAAAUAUAUUUUCAAUGUAUCCAAUUGCCAAAGUUUUGCUGUCUCUUGAAAAAAGAACUUUGAAAUCAACUGACAAGAAAAAGCAUUCUCUAUUGACAACUGACCAACUGGAUUGAAGACUGUUCUUACUGUAACUUUUUCCUGCUUAAGAAUAUGACCGUUUGACUGUUCAAUGACUUUAUUUGUAUUCACAGUUCAAGAAUUUGCCAUUAUAAUAGAAACAAUCUUUGCUGUAUACUUUUUUAAAAUGUGCGAUUUCUCUUGCUGGAACUGUUGAAAGAAAAUAUAUAGAUUGGAUGUAUUGCUCAUCAGCUUUAUUUUUUAAACAUACCACUUAUUUUGUUGGACUUGUUGAAGACUAUCUAGAGCUCAUAAUGCAUUUUGGUAAAAUGUUUACAACAGUAAAUAAUAUGAAUUCAAUAAAUAUUAUUGACCAUUGUAUUCACUGAUGCAUGUAUCCAUUCAGCCACUUUAGAGGUUACCAACUUCCUGUUCAUUAAUUCCAAGUUGAGUUUGGGAUUUGAGCACCCCAUUGAUUAUGUAACCAUACCACCAGCUGCUUAGUGUCUCCAUCUUUAAAUUUCUGAUAAUUUGUUGUAUCUACUGAGUAUUUAGUUUGUAUAAUUUUAUUUGCUUUUGUAUGUGUAUUUUUGUGUAAUAUUCACAAGGGUUAAGUUAAAAUAAAACCAAGGGAUAUCAUAUGAAUUA